GCUCGACAAGCAAUGCUCUGCCACACUUGAACUUUUCUGAUGAAGUACCUCGUUGUGCCUGCCGCGGUGGCUGCGCUGGCAAACACACUCGGUGCCCAAAAGAUAAACGGAUGGUACCCUUGCAACCUCCGCACGUUUGCCACACCUGCGCCGGCCCCUUCGCCGACAUCGUCUGGCCAGGCCAACAAUGUCGAGUCUCUGACCUUGCGUGGAUGGCGAUUUGACGACCAGAACCCUGCAAACGCCAUCUUUCGUUCCCUGAUAGUGAAUCCCGCGACAGAUAUCUCCAUCACGUUGGGUGCGGCUGCCGCGACAAGUGCUGAAUGUGCUGAGAUCACGAUGCCACUGUGCCAUGAAGGAAUUUGCGCCUCCAACGGUACAAUCAAUGUGUUUGUCAAGCGAAUGCGAGCCGCUCGUGGUCGCAGCAAUGCCAGCGCCAAGUCUCUUUGGGUGCUUCAAGGCGGCCCUGGCGCGUCCUCCGUCAAUAUGGAAGGGAUCAUGGCCGCGCUGUACGACGCCCCAGGCUCGUACUUGGGCGGAGCCGUCGAUGUGUACACGAUGGACCAUCGAGGCACUGGCCGAAGUGGAUUGUUGUCGUGUGUGGCAUCUCAAGUCGAGACGUCCGGGAGCCCGACCAAGGGCAGCGUGAACUCGCAGAGUUUCCCCGCCUGCAUCCAAGAUGUCAACACACAGCUGGGUGACGAUGCCGAUGUCAACUUGCUCAAGGCGUAUUCGACCACAAGCGCCGCCACCGACUUGUCGAACCUCAUUUCGCUCUUCGGCACGACGGGAGGCGAAACCACCGUGUACGGCGUCAGCUACGGCACUUACCUCGUCCAGCGACUCAUGCAGCUUGGAAACCCCAACGUGAAGGGGUAUGUGCUCGACGGGGUUGUCUCUCAGAGCGGGUCCAAGGUUGGCGAAAAGCUGUCGUUUGCCGACUGGUCUGUCAACAUGAACGAAAUCGGCCAAACUUUCUUGGCGCAGUGUGGAAAGGACGCGUUCUGUAGCGCUAAAUUCAGCACCUCCACCAUCCAAGACACCCUCAAGAGCAUCUAUACGUCGCUGGAUGCAAAGCCUAAAGGCACGGCAUGCGGGGCCUUCCUGCAAUCGCUGAGUUCCAUGCCGCCGUCAUACUUGCUUCGCCAGCUCUUUGGCCAGCUCUUGCAAUCGCAGGCCGUACGCAGUUUCAUUCCGGUCCUCAUCUACCGCAUCAACCGAUGCAACUCGAACGAUGCGACCGCUGUCUCGAACUUCAUCACGGCGUAUUACAACAUCAUAGGCGCCUCCGAUGAGUCGGAUGCGUUGGACUCGAGCAUGCUGUACAACCUCGUGGCGCUCUCGGAGCUUUUCACGUUCCCAACGCCGACCCGCGCAACGCUGCAACAGCGAUUUAUCAACACAUCGAUUGCAUCCGACACGUCCAACCUGGUGACCAUGUACUGCCUGGCCAGCGGGGGCAAGGACCCUGGCUGUGCGUCCGAGCGGGUCGCUCCGUCCAAGUACCGGUUCAUCUACCCCACGGAUAAGUACUUUGACGUUCCAAUUACGAUCCCGGCUGGCACGUCCGUCCUCCUCAUGAGCGGGCUCCUCGACCCACAGACGCCCCCCAAGUUUGCCAAGUAUCAGCUCAACAGCUUCGUCGGGACGGCCAAGAAAUUGAUCGAGUUCCCCACGUCUGCCCACGGAACGAUCCUAAACACACCCGUCACGCUGCAGGUACACUUCCAUCGUCCCUUUUGCGCUUGACGGUGGUCUGGUGUUGCAGAACAAGGUCCCGUGCGGGACGACGAUUGUCAGCAGCUUCGUCGUGGCUGGGCUCGAUAGUUUGGACGUGACGUGCUUGGAUUACUUGGCGCCGAUAGCAUUUACCGUCAAGUCGUCGUUGGGCCAGCGACUCAUGGAAACUGAUGACGUGUACGAUGGGACCCCGAACAAGACUAUUGCCCCGCGCAUUCCUUCCCCCUCGAGUACCGACGGCGUGCCAACUUCGCAUGCAGACAGCAGUAGCACGUGGCGAGGGGUCGCCAUUGCAGCUAUCGUCGUGGUUGUAGCGCUAGUCGUCGCGUUUGUGGUGGUUGUGGUGCGUCUGAGGCGCCAGGCCCGUGAGGCCAAGGAUGUUCCUGCGCCCGAGUACGUCCUCAACGACCAGGGGGCCGCAUAACCACUAAUUCACGCUCUUCCUCCUGAUAUGUCGACGUCGGCGCUGUCGCCAAC